GGAUGGGGUGUGUGGUGCAUGACGCAUGCAUACGUCCCAGCAGCUGUCCGAAGUGGAUGCUGGCGAAAGAGAGACUGCAGUGCUGGCCCCCAGCUGUCGAUCAGGGGAGGGAAAGGAUUGCCAUGAGGAAGACCCUCAAGACUUUCCUGUGCUCGCAAGCUUUUAAUUAACUAGCCUUGAUAUUUCUGAUCUUGGGAAAAGACCAUGGAAAAGAAGAAAGUAGCAAUUAUAGGAGCUGGGUCCAGUGGACUUUGCACCAUAAAAUGCUGUUUGGAGGAGGAUCUGGACCCCAUCUGCUUUGAGUCCAGUGAAGAUAUUGGAGGGCUCUGGAGAUUUAAGGAAGUUCCAGAAGAAGACCGGGCCAGCAUUUACAAAUCUGUGAUCAUCAACACCUCCAAGGAAAUGAUGUGCUUCAGUGACUUCCCCAUCCCCGAUGACUACCCCAACUACAUGCACAACGCCAAGAUCAUGGACUAUUUCCGGAUGUAUGCCAAGCAUUUUGAUCUUCUGAAGUACAUUCGCUUCAGGACUAAAGUGUGCAGUGUAGCGAGGCGCCCAGACUUCUCUAGCACUGGUCAGUGGGAUGUUGUCACAGAGACCGACGGAAAGCAGGAAUCAUCAGUCUUUGAUGCAAUUCUGGUUUGCACUGGCCACCACACUAAUGCCCACCUGCCACUGGAUAGCUUCCCAGGAAUAGAGAAAUUCAAAGGCCGCUACAUUCACAGCCGUGAUUACAAGAGUCCUGAUGAGUUUACAGGGAAAAGAGUCAUUGUGAUCGGCAUCGGGAACUCGGGUGGAGACCUAGCUGUGGAGAUCAGCCACACAGCACAGCAGGUCUUCCUCAGCACUCGUCGGGGGGCGUGGGUACUGAAUCGUGUCGGUGAUGAAGGCUAUCCGGCGGAUAUGUUGCUUUCCACACGGUCUUAUCAGUUGCUCAAGAAUCUCUUCACAACAUCCAUGGUGAAUCAGUGGGUGGAGAGCAAAGUAAAUUCCAGAUUCAACCAUUCUCACUAUGGUUUGAAGCCUAAACACAGGUUUUUUAGUCAGCAUCCAACCAUCAAUGAUGAGCUCCCAAACAAAAUAAUUUCUGGCAAAGUGUUAAUGAAACCAAACGUCAGUGAAUUUACUGAAACUGCUGCCAUCUUUGAAGACGGAUCCAAGGAAGAAGAUAUAGAUUUUGUUAUCUUUGCCACAGGAUACAGUUUCUCUUUUCCCUUCCUUGGGAACAAUGUUAGAGUCACUGAGAACCAGAUCUCCCUAUAUAAAUUUGUCUUCCCUCCUCAUCUGGAGAAGCCCACUCUGGCUAUCAUUGGUCUUAUCCAACCACUAGGUGCCAUAAUGCCCAUUGCAGAACUGCAGAUUCGCUGGGCUACACAUGUGUUUAAGGGGCUUGCAAAAUUACCAUCAAUAAAUGAGAUGAUCUCAGAUAUUAUCAAGAAGAAAGCAUCUAUGGCUAAACGGUAUGUGCAGAGUCAACGCCACACUAUCCAAGUGGACUACAUUGAAUACAUGGACGAAUUGGCCUCUUUGAUCGGUGUAAAGCCCAACAUAGGGCCUCUGUUCCUCACAGAUCCAAAGCUGGCCUGGGAAGUUUUCUUUGGGCCAUGCACGCCAUACCAGUACCGCCUUCAAGGACCAAACAAAUGGGAUGGGGCCAGGAAAGCUAUACUUACACAGCAUGACCGGGUUCUGAAACCUUUGAGAACCAGGUCCACUGACGACUCAGCUGGUAACAACCUGGUGCCCUUCUUGUUGAAGUUGGCUGGUCUUGUUGCUUUAGUUCUUGUAAUUUGUGCUUAUUUUUAAGAGCUAACGAUCCAUAUUGUUAAAUAUCAAGAGGAAUUAGGUUAAACCUAAUCUUUUGGUUCCUUUUGGUUUCACCUUUUAAACUUAGUGGUUGAUAUCCUGACUAAUAAGAAUGUGCACAGAACCGCGGAGCUGCAGUCCGGCACUGGGGUGGGGGUUCCUUUAAGGGAGGGGGGAGGGUGUACAUACCCCUCCUGCCACUUUCCUCCCACCAGCAUGCAUUUUUUAGGAAGCAUUUGGGGCGGCAGGAUACCUCCCUGCUGCCCCUUUGCCCUCUCAGCAGCAAAAGGCUUCAGAAAGCUUUUUGUGCAUAUGCACGUCGCACACGCAUGUCACGCGGAGACAUGGCGCACGCGUGUGCACAUUGCGGAGAUGUGACGUGCAUGCUCAAAAGGCUUUCUGAAGCCUUUUGCUU